UGCUGGUGGAGUUCGUGUCUUCCCUUCCUUUGCAGGUCGUCGUUUUCUCUCGCUGAUCUGAUUGACGCACUCGUAUGAAAUGAAUGAUCAACUAAAAUCAAGAUCUGAGUCCAGUGGAAGAAGAGAUGAAUCUCUUCACCUGAUUGAGCCUUUGAUUGAUGAGCAGUGUGAUGAUGAUCCAGCUCAACGAGAAGGACCACCAAGUGAAGUUUGGGAGAUUUUAUCUGAUCAGGAGACAGAAGAUGAAGGAGAGUCCGCAGAUCCAGGGACUGACCUGGAAGAUGAUCUCCAGGAACAGGCUCAGCCAAAAACUGGAGAUAAAGAAGGAGAUGAUCUUGCUGCCAAGAUGGAGUUUACGUCCAACCUAGAGCAUACGCUCAACUGCCAGAAGCAGAUCAAGAGUGGCAAGAUGUUUAAAUGAAGACCAGUGGAAAGUAU